AUGGUGGCUGCAUCAUCCAAUAUGAACAGACAAGGAUUUGUGAUUGUUCCUCCACCUGGCAUGACAGUGUUGCUCCAAAACCAGGAUUUGUCCCCUCCUGCCAUCAACCUGACCCCAGGAAGCAUCCAGAAUGGUGACAAGCCACUACAAACAAUGUAUCAAACAAACCAGUUCAGUGGCGGAGCUGGGACUGCUGGGAAAAGACACAAGGGGCACAGAGUCUUCAUCCUGAGAGGAAGCCCCAAAGCACUGGGAGCCAUACAGAUUCUCAUUGGUUUGGUAUACUUGACUUUUGGAAGUCUCUUUUUAAUGUUCAUGUUCAAUGAAUUGUACAUCUCAUACAUUAUGCUCUCAGGAUACCUGUACUGGGGUGGAAUCUUGUUAAUCUUUUCUGGAUCUCUCUUGAUGUUAGCUGAACGCUAUCAAACAUCCUGUGCGCUGAAAGGCAGCCUUGUCCUGAAUAUAAUCAGCAGUUUUGCUGCAGUUGUUGGGAUAUUUGUUUUCCUGGUGGACAUACUUUAUUUCCCUGGUGAUCAAUAUCGCAAACAUGAAGUGGACUGGAAACUUGCUCAAGGACUUUCGAAUACAAUUUUGUUCUUUACUGUCCUGGAGUUCAUCACUGGAAUUCUUGCUUCACGCUCUUGCUAUGAUGCUUUAUACCACCAAGAUGAUGAGGUGACAUGUCUUAUGACAGAUGAAGUCAUAAUACAUUGAGGAGUUCGUCUGCCAAUAGCUUCUCAUCUGCCUCAUGAAGCAUAUGUCCCUGCAGCUGAUGACUCUCCAUGGCCUGCUAAGCAGAAGGAAAAUCACAUCAAAAGCAGCUCCUUCAGAAUGUAAAAUCCAUUUUAAAUUGCAGAUAUAUAUUUCUUAAAAAUUA